AAUGUAUAUAAAUACUUCACACACUCCAGACAAAAAAAAUUCCUAUUUGAACAAAUUUAAUAAAAAAAGAAUCUAAACAACAGAUAAAGAAAACAAGUAUAUCUUAUCAUUUAUCAAUUUAGAGUUUAGAAUUUGAGUAAUCAGAGCACAAAUGAUGAUUGUAAAUCUUAAUGUGAUAGUGUUGAUUAUUAUCGUCACGAAAAUCAUGAACUUAAGAGACUAGUUUUUUAAUUGAAAUUUGAAAUGUAGAUUAUUUAUAAAAUUAUUUCAUAGGAAAUCUCAAUUAGAAUCAUGUUUGAUUGAGUAAAAACUUAACUUAAAAUCUGUAGUUUAAAAAUAUACAUCUUUUAUUGAUGAGCUAAUGACUCAGAAAAAUUAGGCUAGUUCAGAGUGUGAUGAUUGGAAGUAAAAAUGUGAAUAGCAAUAAUAAAUUAUUGAAUAAUAGAGAUAAUAAAUUUAUAAUCAAUCAUAAAUUAUUCAAUAGAAUUUAUUCACAAUCCAACAUAUUUAGCAAGAAUAUCAAUUGGAGUUAAUAUAAAACUAAAUGGAAGUUCAAUAAAUCAUGAAUUUAAAAGAUUAAACUAUCGAUGAAUUAAACUAAAUAUUUUUAUAAUAAUAAUAAUGA